GCUUCGUGACACGCCUGAUAGUCAUAUGCUUCAGCAACUUGAAAAUCCUGCCAAUCCAAAGGUAGUAUUGCAGUAACUGUGACCUGACUAGAUGGUUGAGAGGAUUUAUGAAUUGUUUCAUUAUGAAACCACUGGCCCAGAGAUCUGGAGAGACUCCGCAGGGAAAGUUGAUAUCUUGGUUUCAGGGAUAGGAACCGGUGGCACAGUAACCGGUAUAGGGAAAUUUCUUAAAGAGCAAAAUCCAGAGAUCAAGGUUUGCGGUGUAGAACCAGUUGAGAGUGCAGUCUUGAAUGGAGGUCCACCUGGAAGGCAUCUGAUCCAAGGAAUCGGUGUUGGCUUCAUACCUCAAGUUCUCGAUGUUAGCCUGCUAGACGAAGUUAUUCCAGUAUCCAGUGAGGAAUCUAUUGAGACUGCUAAGCUACUUGCCUUGAAAGAAGGUCUUUUGGUGGGAUUCUCAUCUGGUGCUGCAACAGCAGCAGCAAUAAAGUUGGCAAAAAGGCCAGAAAAUGCCGGAAAACUAAUAGUUGUCGUGUUCCCCUGUUGUGGAGAGCGGUAUCUGUCUACUGAACUCUUUGAUACCAUUAGGCAUGAGGCAGAAAACAUGACACUUUGAUAGCAUUGCCCAGGCUUGCUAGUACUGAAAGCUAAUGGAUAUACUAGUGAUUUUGAGAUCGCAGCAGCCAACCUGGAUUGUUUUUUUAAUGAGGAUUGCAAGAAUGCCUGCCCAAAAGGGUGCAACCCUAUGAAGUGUAUUGGACCAAUCGGAUAUAAACAUUGUGAAUGUACUUGUGGCUGAAGAAAAUUUGUUUGGUCAAAUCAUGUUUGUCAUUUGGUUUCAAUAAAUUUAGAGAGAGAAGUUCUGGCUUUUCUGUCUAAGAUCUCUCUCUCUCAUAAUUGAUAUGUUUUCAAUAAAUUAAUUUUACUAAUUAAGCUUUU